UUCUUUCUUUUUUUUUUUUUUUUUGGUCUCAAGUAGGAGGCCUCCCCCCCACCCCCACCCCAGCCCCCCACCACCCCCGGCCUAAGCAGCGACCAUGGCCGAGGUCCCUGGCGCGGCGUUGUCCCAAGCGGGUUGGUAUCUGUCAGAUGAAGGCAUUGAAGCUUGCACAAGUUCUCCUGACAAAGUCAAUAUAAAUGACAUCAUCCUGAUUGCUCUCAAUACAGACUUGAGAACAAUUGGCAAGAAAUUCCUCCCCAGUGACAUCAAUGGUGGAAAGGUAGAAAAGCUUGAAGGUCCGUGUGUUUUGCAAAUUCAAAAAAUUCGCAAUGUUGCUGCACCAAAGGAUAACGAAGAAUCUCAGGCUGCACCAAGAAUGCUGCGUUUGCAGAUGACUGAUGGGCACAUAAGUUGCACAGCAGUAGAAUAUAGUUAUAUGUCAAAGAUAAGCCUGAACACACCACCUGGAACUAAAGUUAAGCUCUCAGGCAUUGUGGACAUAAAAAAUGGAUUCCUGCUCUUAAAUGACUCUAAUACCACAGUUCUUGGCGGUGAAGUGGAACACCUUAUUGAGAAAUGGGAGUUACAGAGAAGCUUGUCAAAACACAAUAGAAGCAAUAUUGGAACGGAAGGUGGACCACCUCCUUUUGUGCCUUUUGGACAGAAGUGUGUAUCUCAUGUCCAAGUGGAUAGCAGAGAUCUUGAUCGAAGAAAGACACUGCAAGUUACAGUGCCUGUCAAACCUACAAAUGAUAAUGAUGAAUUUGAAAAGCAGAGGACUGCUGCUAUUGCAGAAGUUGCAAAGAGCAAAGAAACCAAGACAUUUGGAGGAGGUGGUGGUGGUGCUAGAAGUAAUCUCAACAUGAGUACUGCUGGUAACCGAAAUAGGGAGAUUUUACAGAAAGAAAAGUCCACCAAAUCAGAGGGGAAACAUGAAGGUGUCUAUAGAGAACUGGUUGAUGAGAAGGCUCUGAAGCACAUAACAGAAAUGGGCUUUAGUAAGGAAGCAUCAAGGCAAGCUCUUAUGGAUAAUGGCAACAACUUAGAAGCAGCACUCAAUGUACUUCUUAACAGCAAUAAACAGAAACCUGUUAUGGGUCCACCUCUGAGAGGUAAAGGAAAAGGCAGGGGGCGAAUAAGAUCUGAAGAUGAAGAAGAACUGGGAAAUGCAAGGCCAUCAGCACCAAGCACAUUAUUUGAUUUCUUGGAGUCUAAAAUGGGGACUUUGAGUGUGGAAGAACCUAAAUCACAGCCACAGCAGCUUCAUCAGGGACAACACAGAUUGUCAAAUGCUGAGCAAAAUGGAGUAAAAGAUAAUAAUCAACCAAGAUAUCUUCCUCGAAAUGAUACCAGGCAGUCAAGAAAUGAAAAACCUCCUCGUUUUCAAAGAGACACCCAAAAUUCAAAGUCAUUUUUAGAAGGCAGUGGAUUACUUAGAAACAGAGGUUCUGAAAGACCGAGUAUUUCUUCAGGAUCUGAAGUGUGGGCUGAAGAGAGAAUCAAGUGUGAUAGACCGUAUUCUAGAUAUGAUAGAACUAAAGAUACUUUGUACCCUUUAAGUUCUCAGCACAAUGAUGGUGCUUUUAAAAGAAGGGAUAACUCUAUGCAAAGCAGAUCAGGAAAAGGUCUAUCCUAUGCAGACACAAAAGAAAAUCCACUUCCCCAAGAAUCCAUAGAUUAUAAUAAUCAAAAACGUGGGAAAAGAGAAAACCAAACGGCAAAUCCUGAUAAUUUUUAUGACAGGAAACCAAGAACAAUAAAUAAUGAAGCUUUCAGUGGUGUAAAAAUUGAAAAACAUUUUAAUGUAAAUACUGAUUACCAGAAUCCUGUCCGAACUGAUAGUUUCAUUGGUGUUCCAAAUGGAGAGACAGAAAUGCCACUGAAGGGAAGGCGAGUAGGACCUAUUAAGCCAGCAGGACCCAUCACAGCUACACCCUAUGAUGAUAAAAUUUUUUACAAUAGUGGACCCAAAAGAAGAUCUGGGCCAAUUAAACCAGAAAAAGUACUAGAAUCAUCUAUUCCUAUGGAGUAUGCAAAACUGUGGAAACCUGGAGAUGAAUGUUUUGCACUUUAUUGGGAAGACAACAAGUUUUACCGAGCAGAAGUUGAAGCUCUUCAUUCUUCAGGUAUGACAGCAGUUGUUAAAUUCAUUGAUUAUGGAAACUAUGAAGAGGUGCUACUAAGCAACAUCAGGCCCAUUCAAACAGAGGCAUGGCUCCAGGGGAGCUGGAAAUGCACAGGAGGAAUCAGAAGACCUGGGUCGAAUCCGGGCUCUGCCACUUACUACCUAUGUGACUUUGGGAGGAAGAAGGCACCUACGACCAAACUAUUGAGUUCCGUAGAGGAGGUGACGGCCAGCCACGGCGAUCCACUCGGCCAACCCAGCAGUUUUAUCAACCUCCCCGGGCUCGGAACUAAUAUGAAAAGUCAAGGAAAACAAAAGAAAAAAUAAACAAAUGAGACUACAUCAAACUAAAAAGCUUCUGCACAGCAAAGAAGACCAUCAACCAAACAAAAGGACAAUGCACCAAUUGGAAGAAGAUAUUUGCAAAUCAUAUAUCCAAUAAGGAGUUCAUAUCCAAAAUAUAUAAAGAACUCAUACAACUCAACUACAAAAAAAUAAGCAACCCAAUUAAAAAAUGGGCAAAAGAUAUGAACAGACAUUUUUCAAAGAACAUAUACAGAUGGCCAACAGGCACAUGAAAAGAUGUUCAACAUCACUAAUUAUUAGGGAAAUGCAAAUCAAAACCAUGGGGACUGGCCUGGUGGCGUAGUGGGUAAGUUUGUGCACUCUUCUUUGGCGGCCCAGGAUUCCCAGGUUCAGAUCCCAGGCGUGGACCUAUGCACUGCUUAUCAAGCCAUGCUAUGGUGGCAUCCCAUAUAAAGUAGAGGAAGAUGGGCAUCGAUGUUAGCCCAGGGCCUAUUUUCCUCAGCAAAAAAGAGGAGGAUUGGCAACAGAUGUUAGCUCAGGGCUAAUCUUCCUCAAAAAAAAAAAAAAAAACCAAAAAUCUACAAUGAGAUAUCACCUUACGUCUUUCAGAAUGGCUAUUAUUAAAAAGACAAGCAAUAGCAUUUAUUGCAGAGGAUGUGGAGAAAAGAGAACCUUUUAUACUACUAGUGGGAAUGUAAAUUAGCACAGACACUAUGGAAAACAGUAUGGAGAUUCCUCAAAAAAUUAAAAAUAGAACUACCAUAUGAUACAACUAUUCCACUUCUGGGUAUUUAUCUAGAUAACACGAAAGCACUAAUUUGAAAAGAUAUUUGCACCGCUAUGUUCAUCACAGCAUUAUUCACAACAGUGAGGACUUGGAAGCAACCCAAGUGCCCACUGGUGAAUGAAUGGAUAAAGAAGACGUGGUAUAUAUACACAAUAGAGUACUAUACAGCCAUGAGCAAAAGAUGAAACCUUGCCAUUUGCAACAACAUGGAUGGACUUUGAGGGUAUUAUGCUAGGUGAAAUAAGUCAGAUGGAGAAAGACAAAUAUCCUAUGAUUUCACUCAUAUGUGGAAGAUAAACAAGCAAACACAUAGAUACAGAGAACAGAUGGUGGUUGCCAGAGGCAAAGGGGGUUGCGGGG